AUGAGUAUCAUUGCAGUGGCGGAUAUGGAACAAACCGCACGCGAAUAUCUCCGUGCUGAAUUGAAAGCAAAAGGAGAAGCUGACACAGUUGAAGACUUGUUGAGAGUAGGAUUCCAUUGGGGACCGUUGGUCACUGUCAAUCAUCUUCAUAUGCAUAUAUUGUACCCUAUAAGCGAGCUCGGUUUUUUCUCGCGAAAUGUCACAUUCCGUCCUGGUAAAGUUUUCCGUACCACGAGCGAGAUUAUGGGUGAACUGAAGAGGGCCGCCAAUUUACCAGAUCCGCUUCAGGAAAACCCCGCGAAAGAUGACAAUCCAGAUAGGCUUUCAGCACAUGCAGUCGCCAAUUAG